AGCCAUGCGCUGCUCCCUGCGCGUCUGGGUGCUGCUGGGGUCCCUGGCCCUGCUCUUCCUCACCUCCCUGCUCUUCUCCCUCUCCCUCCGGGGGGGCACCGGGUUGCCAUACCUGGAUCCCCCCAGCUGGGAGGAGUCCCGGAGGGUCAAGCUGGUGCCUAGCUACGCCGGCACCCACCGGCUCGGUCCACAAGGGGGUGCCCAGCCCAAAACCUGCGCCUGCCAGCACUGUGUGGGAGACCCCGGUGUCUCGGAGUGGUUCGACGAGAACUACGAUCCUGACAUAUCGCCUGUCUGGACCCGGGACAACAUCCAACUGCCCUCCGAUGUGUACUACUGGUGGGUGAUGCUGCAGCCGCAGUUCAAGCCCCACAGCAUACAGCAGGUGCUGACCCGCCUCUUCCAGGUCAUUCCAGGACACUCCCCCUACGGGUCCUGGGACCCCGCCCGCUGCCAGCGGUGCGCAGUGGUGGGGAACUCGGGCAACCUGCGGGGGGCGGGGUACGGGAGGCUGAUCGACGGACACAACUUCAUCAUGAGGAUCAACCUGGCUCCCACGGUGGGCUAUGAGGAGGACGCAGGGAGCCACACCACGCACCACUUCAUGUACCCCGAGAGCGCCAAGAACCUGGCGGCCAACGUCAGCUUCGUCCUGGUGCCCUUCAAAACCCUGGAUCUUCUGUGGAUCACCAGCGCACUGUCCACCGGCCAGAUACGCUUUACCUAUGCUCCAGUAAAGCAGUUCCUGCGCGUCGAUAAAGACAAGGUCCAGAUCUACAACCCGGCUUUCUUUAAGUACAUCCAUGACCGCUGGACCCGGCACCACGGCCGCUACCCCUCCACAGGCAUGCUGGUGCUGUUCUUCGCUCUGCACGUGUGCGACGAGGUGAAUGUAUUUGGCUUUGGGGCUGACAGCCGAGGGAAUUGGCACCACUAUUGGGAGCAGAACCGGUAUUCCGGAGAGUUCCGUAAGACAGGGGUCCACGAUGCUGACUUUGAGGCCCAAAUCAUAGACUCUCUGGCCAAGGCUGGCAAGAUCACUGUGUUCCCUGGGAAGUGAGGCGGGUGGAACAGCAGGAAAAGAAAACUACACUACCCAUCAGCCACUAGGCUCUCUGCUUGCAUGUUCGUGCACAUGUACUCUGGAUGAAUUGUGGGCCUAAAGUAUUAAACCAGUAAACUCUGAUCAUAACCCUGCAGACAUUCCAAACAACGGUUUUGAGACUGAUCCGGGAUCAGUGCUUGGGGCCAUUAUCUACCUACUGAAAUACUCUUCAAACCGCUUAUCACUUUUAGCUUCAACAUGGGAGCAGAUUUGGGAUGUUCUACCUCCUGCUGCAGAGUUCAGGAUUUUCACUGGUGCCCCAGUAUUGCCCCCUGCGGGCAAACAGCCCUCCCCUCUGUGUCAGGAAAGUGUUUCUCGGAGAACGGACCGCACUGCGCUCUGUCAAUCAAAGGGUUGGUCGAGGGUUGCCAAGUAUGGUUCCUUUUCAACCAAUUUACUGUGGGAAUACAGACAGACUCUGGGAACUCCCCCAUUCACUUGACUGGCAAGGGAGGUGGGGACUUUGACUCCAGGACCCCCCUCCAUAUAGCAAAGGUGGUCACUAGGGGGAGCCGGAGAGUGAAGUUUACAUGCUCUUUUGACUAAAGGACUUUACGUUUACCAUUAAUUAAAUUUCUGUUUGUGUUUUAUAAAUGGUAAAGUUAACUUUGGGCCGAGCCAUAAGUCAUGUUAAGGCUGCACCAUCAGUGUUUGUUUUUGUUUUAUGUUUUUUUGCUUUUGUUCGUUUGUUUUAUUUGGGUUCGAUUUGAAGCCCUCACGUUCCGGUCCUCUUAUUGUGCUCUCAGAGGUCACGUGACUGACGGACCUGCUGAUUGGGUGUGCAGGAGGAGGCGGGCCGCACUGCGUCGCCCAGCUGCCUCCGUAGAGACAAGGACAUCGCUCUCUGAUUGGCUAUGAUCUCUGAUAGGUUCAAGCUUUCUGACUUAUAAUUGGCAGAAUAGAAUAUCGUGGAGGUAGUUUAACUGCGGCGCUCAGUCUACACAGGUGCAGACAUGUCUUCAGCAUCAGCGCAGGCACAUAUUCGAGGCUGGGCAACAGAACACAGAAGCUUGUCAACAAUGUCACGGACACAUAGAGACACUACUGCAGUGACGGUACCUGAUGCACGGAUACACACAGCAACACGUACACAGGCACAUAGCAGAGACACUUCUUUAGAGACAGCAGCUGACAUAAACAUAUACGUAUUAAGAGGAAGCAGGAGGUUGCUGCUUGUUGUGAUUGGCCUUCAUAUAUACAUGCACUCAAACAUAAACACACACUGUACAGUUUAAGAUCACUUGAUGUGACCGUAUAUGUUCCAGAGGUGCCCUGCGACCACCUCUGUCCGCCAAAAGGCAGAAGAUACAACAACAUAGAAUUGUGUCACAACGCAAAUUCCCCAUAUGGAAAGCAUUCGGCUUUCCACCUCGUCCGUUCCCUGAACCGUAUCACCGGCGAUAUCUUUAUCGAAUGACAGCUCGGCCAGUGGAGCCGCUGUCUCUUCAAAUGAAGGAAUCACACCAGCCGCAGACAACGGACUCGCCCGUGCCACUCGCGCUUGUGCGCUGCAGAGGAACGCCGAGCAGAACAUCAGUCCGUCAUCGAUUUUCUGCCUCGACAUUUCUUCCCUCAUGUCGCGCUGCCAUGGAAACCAGACCGAUGUCUGUCAGAGCCAGUCGAUUCCGCCGCCACACAGAGCGGUAACCAGAAGGCUUCAACUCCCCCGACCGCCCCCCCUGCUUCUUUCUUUAUCGGAGUUCGCCCGGUCCACGUGAUUUCUGUUUGUGCAGUGUUUCCGUGACAACAUCUGAAUAUCUUUUUUUUAAAGGAAGAAAAGUUAAAGCUAAAAAGAAAUAGCUUACAGUUUUUUUUAGUUUUUUUCAUGAGUAUGAUUGUAUGAAAUCAGGUGUCUGCCUGUGUGUGGGUGUGUGAGAGAGAGACUUUCUGCGACACACACAUUGCUUUGUCUUUCUGCAAGUUUGAGUUUCAGGUAGAUCCCAAGAACACAGAAAUGCAUGUUGUCUGUAGGUUGUACACACAGGCACACAUAUAGUUCACACACAAGCACACUCUAGUGCCUUUUCCCUGCUGGGUAGUUAUCUGUUCACAGUGUGCUCCAUAGCACUCUCUCUUGCUCUCUCCCUCACACACUCACACCUCCCUGCAUUGUCCCGCCACUAGGGAGUGCUCUCCAAUGUUGCGGUUUAUCAGAAUGUAUAAUGCAUGUGUAUGUUAAUGAUUGAUAUAUAUCAAACAAGGCCCAGGGAAAGGGGAAAGGGGAGGUCAAGCAGUCAAACACUAUAUAAAACUAGGCUGCUUGCUCCAUCUUAACUUUCCAACCUGGUCUUCAGUGUGGGAUCCAGUCAGCACAUACACACAUAUACACACACGUACAGGAGAGUUUUCGUCAUUAUCACCCCUUACGGAACGGCCCCAGUUCCACGUCUGGCUGCUGCUGCGUCUCCCCAUGGGAAGAAGGGGGGAGGAACAUUCCCCCCCCUCUCAAUCUUACCCACUCCUGCACCCUCCUUCCCCCCCGCCCACCUGGUCUCACCUCCUUUGAGAUUCCCCCACGUUCGCCAUCCCUAUCCCAUUCCCUCAACACGAUGCUUCUCUUCCUGUUAUUUCCCUGAGUGGGUUGCCAUGACGAUGCCGUGCCUUUUUUAAACCGCGAUUUAGAAUCACCUUUUCACACUGUACUUACUGUGGUCGCUCAGCUCCCUCUUCUAAGCCUCUGAAACAGAAAGGUGCUGAAAACAGAGAGAAAGUGCUUCAGCUCUCUGUUACUGGGCACUUUAGAUCAGACCAUCCCCCCACCUUUUGUUCACAGUUCUCUCUCUCUCUUUUUCCUGGGAAAAAUAGAUACUUGCCUUUGUUUCCUCAUUUUUUCAUUUAACCUUUAUUUUACCAGGUAGAUCAAUAAAGAUCAGAAUGUUAUUUACGGUGAUGGUCUGCUAUUGUUACAUUACCUGCCAUUGCUAAAUCACCUGGCAUUGUUAUAUGAUGGUCUGGCAUUGUUACAUCACCUGGCAUUGUUACAUGAUUGCCUGACAUUGUUACAUCACUUGGCAUUGUUACACGAUGGCCUGACAUUGUUACAUCACCUGGCAUUGUUACACGAUGGCCUGACAUUGUUACAUCACCUGACAUUGUUACAUCACCUGGCAUUGUUACAUGACGGCCUGACAUUGUUACAUCACCUGGCAUUGUUACAUGACGGCCUGACAUUGUUACAUCACCUGACAUUGUUACAUGAUGGCCUGACAUUGUUAUAUCAUGGCCUCGUAUUGUUACAUUUGCAUUUGCAGCUUACCUGCCCCCUUUAUUUGAGUUGUGAUACAGAUAUCUCUGAUAAUUGCACCUAAAUAUUAAGUAUGUGUUUAUGGGUGCAUAUCCUUUCACCCGAGGUGCUUUCUUUAGUUUAUAUCAAUAACAGCUGUUCUGCCACCCUUACAAUUUUUUAUAUGUGACAAGAGAACAAAAUUGAUGUGCAAUAUUUCACCAAAGAGUGUUAUGGCCAGUCAUUAUAUUGCUCCAGUUGUUGAUUCUGGGCCCUGUUUACUUUAAACAUAUGUUGUGGCUCAUAUUAAUGCCCUUCCAAACCACUGGAGGUUUUUAACCACAUUCUCGCAAAAGUGGUGCCUUGAUUGGCUCAUAGGCUCACUCUUAGGAAGCUCAUAGGCUCUACUGGCUUUCAGGAUUCAAAUGAUUAUCAUCCCAAACUCCCGUCUUCUCCCAUGGUGACCGGUUUCCCUUCCCUUCCAAUGCGACAUCCAAAACAGCGCAUGGAUUGGUUGCUGCACUGGGCUCAGCAAAUGCCACUGUCCGUCUGAUUGAAAUAUCAGUGAAUCGCAACAAGCCCUGCGGUCCCACUCACCUGCCUGUUCGCCACCAGCCCACAACACCGCUAGCCAUCUCUGAGCCUCUCAAUAGAACCUGGUGGAAACACCGCCACCUGCUGGUGGGUAAAGCGUCUGCGUUUUUAUUAAAGCUUUCUGCCAUGACUUGGAGUCUCUGACUCAUUCCGGAAGCUUCUGAGAGGUUUCUUAAAAUCUAAGAAUUUUUAAGGGUAUAAUGUAAGUGUGGUUGGGAGACGAGGGGGCAGAUAUGGGGGUUCUUGCGAUGCGCCCCCCUCCCCCCCGUCCCAAAGGCUGUCCAUCACAUCAGUCGGCCACUUAUUUACCAACGCCACACUGUACAUACUCUCAGCAUUUACUGCUCGUAGGACUGUCAUCAGUGUUAUGAUUAUUAUUUGAGCUGUCCUUUCCUUUUAUAACCACAAUUUAUGUGUGCGACAAAGGACUGUUUUUAUCUUAUGCUAUUGUAAAAAAAAAUAAACGUGAUGUUGAAAGGA